ACGAACCCGCGGAGUCGCGCAUGCACGGAAGAAAAGUACCCUCCAGAGUCACCAUGGCGCAGAUUUAGGAGAACCUUUGUCCACGGAGCACAGAAAUCUUUCAGUCCAGGACUUUUACUUUCACCAAGCUUUUUUUUCCCCACUUUCCCAAGUUUUCCCGUUUCCGAGCCGCCGCGCACCGGUGUGAUGCCCGCCGGGAUGUUCAGCAUAGACAGCAUCCUGUCCGGCCGGCCGAGCUGCAAGGAGCCGCUGCUGCUGCACCGGAGCGGGCCGGUAGUGCUGUCCGCCGGCCUUACGGACUCUAUCUAUACCGACUACAACGGACUGUACUCGGCCACAUGCGGGCCCUCCCCCCCCGGUGUUCAGUCUGUGAACGGGACCAGGAUAGGAUAUAACGGCUACUACUACGGACAGCUACACGUCCAGGGCGCCGGAGGAGCGCCGCCGUGCUGCGGCUCUGUGCCCGGUCUCAGCCCGCAGCAGUGCCCCUGCAUCCCGGCAGGCUACGAGAGCCCGGGCUCGGUGCUUAUCUCUCCAGUCCCGCACCAGAUGAUGUCCUACAUGAACAUGGGCAGCUUGUCGCGGACCGAGCUGCAGCUCCUCAACCAGCUGCAUUGCCGCAGGAAGCGGAGGCACCGCACCAUUUUCACGGACGAGCAGCUGGAGGCUCUGGAAGGCCUCUUCCAAGAGACCAAGUACCCGGACGUCGGCACCCGGGAGCAGCUGGCCCGCAAGGUCCACCUCCGGGAGGAGAAGGUCGAGGUUUGGUUCAAAAACAGACGCGCGAAGUGGAGGAGGCAGAAAAGGUCUUCAUCAGAGGAAUCAGAGAACUCUCAGAAAUGGAACAAAUCCACCAAAACGUCCGCGGAGAAAACCGAGGAGAGUAAAAGCGAGGUGGACUCGGACAGCUGAUAAUAAAAGCGACCUGACGCGGCCACAUGUGUGUGUACAUAUAGUGGAAAGUGGUGUGGACUCGACGGCAUGCUGGUGGUGUGAUCAAACGUGUUGCCAUGUUGCACAGUUGUACAUAUCUACAUUUUAUUAUGGAUUCUGUGUCCGCUAUUUAUAUUUAAUUUAAGUUUUUUUUUUUUAUUUUGUAAUGUUACGCACGCCAGAUGACGUGA